AUGUGGACUCUGAAUGUAGCUAUCCUUGGCUUCUUGCACCUUGGUGUGGCCUUAGGCAACAAGCUAUGGACGACGAACCUUCGGCAAAUGGCUUUUGCCACUUCGGGCUCUCGGCUGCCUCUGGGCAACCUGACGCUGCAGCUGAAGGCCGAAUCCUUCGUCAAUUCUAGCACCGAUGUUGGCGAGAUCGGUGGCAUACGGUUGAUGACAGCUCGUGGGGUCUGCAUCAGCUGCACCACACCCUUGAGAUGUUCGUCACUCGAUGAGCCAGUGAAGGGGAUGAGCGUGGCGAAAGCUUGCAACCCGCAGCCCAAGCCGGGCGACAUGUUUAGCUGGAAAGUCGACCAAACAUCCGGCUAUGACAUUCGGGUGGACUUUCCAUUGGAGAAGCUCAAUGGCCAACUGGACUUCGUCGUGGAGAUCCUCUCCGCAUUGGACCUUUCAGGAGCCAACAACGAGCUGAAGAAGGGUCGGCAGGUGACGAAUUGGAUCACAACUUUGACUAUCGGAACACAGGAUCAUGCAGCCUGGAUGAAGGUUGCGGUGAACAUGAACGGCGACUUCAAGAAGGUCGUAGUGGGACGGCAAGCUGCUGAGUUUGCGGCCUCGGCGAAGGAGGCACCGCGGUGCGGCCGGGUGAAGAUUUACUUGCGGGUGACGGCGGCCAAUCUGGCCACGAGCUGGAAGCAAGGCGAGUGGCCCGAGAAUCCGGACGAGCCCGAGCACUGCUACUACGAGGAGAACGAAGAGGACGCGGGCGACCACUACAUGUACCUGAACUAUGGCGACUUAGACGAUCUGAUGGAAGAGGAGGAGGUCAUGGACGCCCUUUCUACUUACCAACAGGACGAGAUGCAGGGCUUGCGGCCAAUUGGGACACUGGCCGAAAGAGUGCAGGUACCAGCUUCUAUUGGUCAGGCGAUUCGCCCAAGAGAGGCAAUGCCCCUGGAGACGGAGCAAGCCUUCGCUGUCUGUGGUUGGAGAAGCCAGCGGCAGCCCGGAGGAUCGCAGGUCUUUGAGUGCGGUGCUGGAUUUUCCGCGGAGGGCACAUUUUCGCUGACCGCCGCCCCAAUGGUCGGCUCCACCUUGGCGGCCGAGACCCAGUCGCUUUUGACGGGGCUGGGGGAAUUGAUAUGGGCGAAGGCGAUCCACGCUCACGCUGAAAUUGCUGAAGCGAUGGACCCCGAGUUUUCCGUGGAGACGUUCCGAGAAGGAGGGCGCCCCCGGGACAAGUUUACGGCCCUGGAUGUUGCGAUCGCCCGGGAGAAGAUCGAUGGCUUAGCUGAGGAAUGCCUGAGGCCAAACGACAUCAGCGGUUAUCAUGUGACAGAGCUCAGCAUGGCGCGGACGCAGCUCAACGUUUUGGCCCAGUGCGCUGCCAAAUACAAAGGUGCCGCAAAGGUGUCGGGCUGCCAGUCUCAUGGCGACCCGUACGCGCUGUCCGGCUGCGAAGCGGAAGUGUGCGUUGCACCUAGCACCCUCACCGGCUAUGUGGUCAAAUCUGUGGACUUGAAGCGGCCCUCCUUCACAGCGAAUGUUCUGUGCGACAAUGAUAACGGCUACCAUGGCACGGCUAUUGCGGAGGUGUGUUCUGCUAACGGUCACGAGUACACUCUCGGGGGCUGUGGCACUACAACCUCAACCAGCACAACAACAACGACCUCGACAACGACAUCAACCACCACCACA